CGACCAUGCCGAUCUUGACGUCGGGGGCUUGGUCACCACGGAGAAUUGCAGAAAGGCCAAACUUAUCCUUUCUCACCAAUCCGUGGAUGACUCCAACCUUUCCAAGGUUAUCUGCCCUAACGUGAGGGCGCCAGUCGCGGAGAAGGCCUUCCGGGAUGAGCUUAUUGCUACGGCAGAGAAGAAGUACCAAGAUUAUCUCUACCGGAAGGCCCAGGAGAAGGCGUAUUCCAGUGCCCAGGCUGCCUCUGGGAGAGGGCUCCGUGUGGGGAGCCCGGUGGUGCGGAGGAGCCAAGCCAUCGGCGGGAAGUCCGAGGCAAAAUUUUUUGACAAGAUUCUUCAAGAAGAGAUUGGAGGUCCUUCCGCCGGGGGACCUCUUCGUCUUGAAGGUUCUUCCGAGAACCAGACUUCCCGGCCUCAGCCUUCAGUCCCCGAACCAAACUCGGGCGCUCCCGGUGCUAGCACUUCUGGUGCUGGUGGUACCUCCAUGGAUGCCAUCCUGGAACGGCUGGCUGGGGUCCAUACUCCGGUGGCUCCUCCGGCUUUCACCCCCUCUCCCCCGGCCCCUUCCUUGAAGGUUUCUUCCGGCGCUCCUCCCGAAACCAUCGACUUGGUGGAUGACGAGGAGGUGCUUCCGGGAGAAGGCCAGGGGAAAGGAUGGGACUUCUCGGAGGAAGCCGCCGAGGGUGCUGGAGACCCUCAAGCUCUCCCAGUGGUAGCAGAGGAGGACGAGGAGGAGUCAGAAGUGGCUCUGAUCCGCAAGCGCAAGGGCAAGAUGAUUGCCCAAGACGAGCCGAAGAGGCCUCGGAGGGCCGACACUCCCGCUCAUGGCCUAGACGGCGGGGUGUCUCCAAUGGAGGAAAAUCCUGCUCCUCCUCGCAUUGAGCUUACCCCGAUUCCGGGGGAUGAGGCGAGGCAGGAGCUUCGCAUAGCCAAGCACAACUACGCUAUGGACGAGUACUCCCGGGGAUAUGCCGAUGUGGAGGCCCUUAGGAGGAUCCUGCGGGCGGAGGUUGAGGCGAGCAUUAACCAUCCGGAAUAUCAUGAUCCGUGGAACCUCAACCUGGAUCCUUUGGCAGACUGGUUCCGUCCCCUCCUAGGGCCCACUCUGGCUCCUUUUGCUGCGGAAAUGACCGGUGAGUUCGCCUCUCAGCUUACACGCUGUGCGCCCAAGCGGUUUGCCACUUGUGCUUCUCUGAACUCUAUCUUCCAAGUCCAGGACCUCAGCCAUUCCCUCACAGUGGUAAGUACUUUGCAAUUUCUUACGUUUCCUUUUUGGUGUUUGUAUUUUGUUUUCUUCCUUUGAGGAAUUUUUCCUUACAUCCCAUUA